UUUUUUUUUUUUUUUUUUAAAUAGCUAGCUCAUUUUUAUAACAACAAUAUUGACAGUAUAACAAGUGGAGUUUAAAGAAGGUAAAAUGUAAGCAAAUUUUAUCCUUAUUUUUACUGAGUGGAGAAUCUGUUGUUAGAAGAAAGUAAAUAUAAGUCAAUCUUAUCCCUAUCUGUGUUGAAUAGAUGGUCUGAUUUCAACUAACCCCGACUCCAAAAAGAAGAUAUUGAAAGCAGGGCUAAACAAAGGUAAUUAUCAAGACUUAAUUCCCUUCAACAAAUGCCUUCAUUGUCUUCAUUCAAUUAAUUGGCCAUUAAACUUUUCAUUUUUUAUGUUUGAUAUCUAUCUCUUGUUAAUAGACUAAACUAUCUUUGAGAUAUUUUUGUUUUGAUUGACCUCAUACUUGUCCAAUUCUAAUAUGUUUAAAAUCUAUGGGUAAAGUUUCGUGGAUAAACUCUAUUUGUAUUCACUGCCCAUCAAGAAAGGGAAUAUCCCAAAGAAUUCAAUAAUGUCCAUUAUGUUUUUGUCAAUCUAAUGAAAUGGUACAUAACAAAACAACACACUCCCAAAUUUAAUCUUCUGAAAGCUCUAAUACCACAUACAGAUCAAAAGAUCCCUAUCCAAUUUCAAUCUACCCUCAUCCAACUUCCAUUCUAAAAGAUAAACUAAACUAUUAAGUUCACCAUAGCUUGCCACAUGGCAACAACCCCAAUUGGCCAAGUCAUGGCAGUUCUCCAGCCUACCCAAACUGCCUAUAGCCACAAGCAUUUUGCCACAUUCUAAAAAAAUUUAAAUGGAAAAAGUGAGGCCAACUAUGCUCCACCAACUAAUUUGGAGACCAUAUAGGAGUGUGUAUAUAUAUAUACCAACACCAAUGUUGCACAUUCUAACAAACCAAAAACACAACACUUACCUAAAUUCUUACACAUCUAGUUCUGACCAAAUUUCUUCUUCUGAUAUAAAUGGAUUGGACAAGAGGCCAUACCAUAGGCCGCGGCUCUUCAGCUACGGUCUCGGCGGCCAAGUCAAUUUGGUGCGAUGAGGUUUUUGCUGUCAAGUCAGUGGAGCUAUCCGAGUCGCAGUUAUUACAAAAAGAACAGAAAAUUCUGUCCCAAUUGAGCUCCCCUUAUAUAGUUAUCUACAAGGGUUACGAUGUUACUAAAGAGAAAGACAAACUCACGUUUAAUCUUAUGAUGGAAUACAUGUCGGGCGGCACAAUCUCCAAUGCAAUUCGGAAACAAGGCGGUUGGAUUAAUGAGCAGUUGAUAGGGUGUUAUGCGAAGCAAAUUCUUCUAGGAUUAGAGUACCUACAUUCAAGAGGCAUAGCACACUGUGACAUUAAGGGGCAGAACAUUCUGUUAGGUAAAACAGGUGCCAAAAUUGCUGACUUUGGUUGUGCUAGGUGGGUUGAUGCUGCGGAAAGGGACGGCGGCGGCGCGGCUGGUUCUGUAGAGCAAAUUGGUGGGACCCCAAUGUUCAUGGCACCGGAGGUGGCACGCGAGGAAGAACAGGGGUGUCCUGCUGAUAUUUGGGCACUGGGAUGUACAAUUAUUGAAAUGGCCACAGGUAGAUCACCAUGGACUGAUAUGACAAACACAGCUUCAUUACUUUACCUAAUUGCAUUUUCUGGGGAAUCCCCAGAAAUUCCAAGGUUCCUCUCUUUACAAGCAAAGGAUUUCUUAUACAAAUGCUUGAGAAGAGAUCCAAAAGAUAGAUGGACAGCAAAACAACUCCUUAGACAUCCAUUUCUUGAAGAAUCCAAUUCGAAUUUUAUGAUAACUCAAGAUUUUGUGACAAGCUCUCCAACAAGCAUUCUUGAUCAAGACAUUUGGAGUUCAGAUAGUAUGGAUCAUUAUUUAAUACGAACAGCAAGCUCAGUAGACACUCCUCUACAAAGAAUAAGAGAAUUGGGUUCGAAUUCCAGAGAAUUGAACUGCAAAUGGAAUGAUGAUCAGAGGUGGAUCACAGUUAGAAGCAGCAGAAGUGAAUAAGUAGUUUGUGUAACAAUAACAGCUAACACUCUUGCUGUAAAUUUUGUAAAAUACAACCAUUAAUCUCUCUUCUAUUUUCCCCCCUCUUGAUGAUUAUUGAUUAAUUGAUGAUAAAGGGGAGUUUCGACGUAAUUGUCACGUUACUUUAACCAAGGAGUGCAAGAAGAUGUAAUAAACUAACACUUUUUGUCCCAA